GGGAGAAGCCACUUGAAAGACUCGAAUUUGCCUCAAACCCCAGCCUCCUUGCUGAACUUGUGCCGGCUGUCAAGCACAUCUUCCUGGCCUUCACGCCUGAACACCGCCUGCACAAUACCCUGCGUAGGCACUUGAUAUAAUAGUGAAACGUUUGCCUUGCUCAGUCCUUUAAGGCGUGGCCGGAGGCCGCCGACCACUCCGCUGCGCUGCACUGUUUAUUAGUGGACGGCCACCAUGAGCGGCUACGGGACUAUGCCGGCGACUGUGACGAUGGGCGUGCCCUACAUUUGCGGGCAAUGCGGUUCAGAGAUUAGUCUGAAGCCCGGCGACAUCAUCCAGUGCCGUGAGUGCGGUUACCGCAUCCUGUACAAGAAGCGGACGAACAAGGUCGUGCAGUUUGAGGCCCGGUAACACAGCGCCUGCCGCCCUCGGGUGGGCGGGAGAGGAGCUGACCGAGUCUGCGGGCGGGGACGAGGCGCGCGCCGCCGAUGGCACGCGUGGCAGGCUGCUGUAUGCAGCGACUGAGCAGCGCGCCGGCGUAGGAAUAAGAGGGUUUUGGAGGCGAGAGCGACGUAGCGGCUGGGCUGUGGCAAACAAUGCGCCGAGAAUUGGAGGACGGGUUCGGCGGUGUGCGUCGGUGCCGUGUGUUUGGUUCGGUUCGCGUUGGGCGUGUCUGGCUUAACCUGGCAGCGCCAGCAAGCCAGUGGGCUGGGCAUACCGCGGUCAAAGUGUAGACUCCUCAUUCGGAGCAGCCGACCUCAUGCCGUGUCUACCAGACGUUUGAUACCUAGGACUACGGUGCCUUGCCAACAGGUCCACGUGGCACUUGACGAUGUCCAGGGUGCCAAGCCGCCAAGGCACUAGAAUGACUAGACGCUAUUGUCUGCCGUUUUUAUCUGCUCCAACGUUUUGUGCUUUGAAGGCAGGCCAGGGCUAGUCAUGCCAGAGUCGAACUAACACAACGAAGACGUCACUGCUUUUAGGCAGUUUGCGGGCGGACCAGGCACCUUCGCAUUCGGAUGCAAUGCAGGUUGGCAUGGGAGGGCGGACAGAUGCGCCACUAUGUUCGGGGAGCAGCAUGCGCAACAGCAGCCAUGUCUGGCUGGAAUUGUGACGUACGAUUGAUGGACGGCCUUGGAAGGUUUGUCCUAGACAGCACUGCUGCUGGGAGCACGAGAGCGCUGAGGGAGAAUGACGAAACACAGCUGUAUGUAAAUCUCUGGUUGCAUGAGAGGCGACUCUGCACUCAUUUGGUGUGCUUACGAGAAUCGGCUAAAUUACUCUCGUCUAUUCUCCUCG